AUGUCCGUGGCACCGUCUUCAUCUCUUCGGGCAUCUGCUUUGACAUUCGUGUUGCUGUCCAUCGGGCACACGAUUGGCGGAAGGCAGUGGACUGCUGAGAAGGCCUUUAAAGCUAUUGCUAACUCCAAGCCGUGGGCUUGUGGGACGGUGGGUUGGUAUCAGGGAAGCGCUUUUUUCUUGGUUUCUGGUCUCCUUCAUUACCAAUGGUCUCGCGACUCAACUGCGCUCAGCGAUCCUCUGAACAAAGCCAUGGCUGGUAUCAUUAACAUCCUGCUUUGGGCCAGUUCGGUCUGGUAUGCCAAGAAUGGUGUCAAAGAUAAUGCUGUGGUGGUGGGUCUGUCGGCUGCGUUGCAGACAUACGCAGUGUUCAAGGUGUAG